AUGGAUAUAGGAAACUGUUCCUUGAAUGAAUUCAUUUUUGUGGGAGUUACCAAUAACCCAGAGAUGAAAGGGACGCUGUUUACCAUAUUUCUCCUCAUCUAUCUCAUCAAUCUUCUGGGGAAUAUUGGAAUGAUCAUUUUGAUCAGAAUGGAUCCUCAGCUGCAUACACCCAUGUACUUUUUCCUGAGCCACCUGUCUUUCUGUGAUCUUUGCUAUUCCACAGCAAUUGGUCCCAAGAUGCUGCUAGAUAUGUUUGGCAAGAACAAGUCAAUUCCUUUCUGGGGCUGUGCUCUGCAGCUCUUCAUUUUCUGUGUCUUUGCAGAUUCUGAGUGUGUGCUGCUGGCAGUCAUGGCCUUUGAUAGAUACCAGGCCAUUAGCAACCCCUUGCUCUACACAGCAAACAUGUCCAGCAGGAAGUGUUUCAUGUUCAUGGCUGGAGUUUACCUGGUGGGAACAUCAGAUGCUUUGAUACAUACAACUUUGGCAUUCCGCUUGUGUUUCUGCGGGUCUAAUGAGAUCAACCACUUCUUCUGUGAUCUACCUCCACUUUACCUUCUCUCCUGCUUAGAUACUCAAGUAAAUUACCUGGCACUAUUUACUAUUUAUGGCUUCCUUGAACUGAGCACCAUCUCAGGAGUCCUUGUUUCUUACUGUUACAUCAUCUCAUCAAUCUUAAAAAUCCGUUCAGCUGAAGGGAGAUUUAAAGCUUUCUCCACCUGCACCUCUCACUUGACUGCAGUUGCUAUUUUUCAAGGAACUCUACUCUUCACAUAUUUUCGACCAAGUUCUUCUUAUUCCCUUGAUCAAGACAAAAUGACAUCUCUAUUUUAUACCCUUGUGAUUCCUAUGCUGAACCCACUGAUUUAUAGUUUAAGGAACAAGGAUGUGAAAGAGGCCUUGAAGAAAAUUAAAAGAAAAAGAUGGUUUUAG